GAACACCUUGACUCCAACCAUGAUUCCGAGACUGCUUUGCGGAAAAUGAGAACGGCUGGAAGUAUCUCCAUCUCCCCUGAACUCUUCGAGAAGCUCUACCUCUCGCCUCAAAAUCGAGUCCAUGGCGAUCUUCGAAGGACAGUUGGCAACCCUACACCACUUGCACUUAUCGGCUUCUUGAUUUCAUUGACACCCUUGAGCAUGGACCUUAUGGGCUGGCGAGGAGCUGGCGGCAGCGGUGCUGCUGGAACGGGGACUUACUUCUUCUUCGGUGGACUUUUGAUGAUCUUAGGCUCACUUGGCGAGUUCCUCCUCGGAAACACAUUUCCAUUCGUUGUAUUUGGUUCGUUCGGUGCCUUCUGGUUAGGAUUUGGAGCCACACUGCAGCCCUUCUACAACGCUUACGGUGCAUACUCACCCACAGAAAAUGCUGCUGAUGGCCUUUCGACGGUUGGAUUUCGCUCAAGUUUCGCCUUCUUCUUCAUCGCCAUGGCCAUUAUGUGCUUCAUCUUCCUGAUCUGCUCGCUCCGAACCAACAUCGUCUUCUUCAUGAUCUUCCUCACCCUUGUACUUGCAUUCAGCUGCCUCGCCGGAUCCUAUCUCGAAGCCAACAAUGGCAACCUCGCGGCUUCGGCGCGUCUACAGACGGCGGGAGGUGCAUUCGCCUUCUGCACGUGCAUGUUCGGGUGGUGGAUCUUCAUCGCUAUCAUGCUUGCGAGCUUGGACUUUCCUUUCGAGAUUCCUGUUGGCGAUCUCUCUGGCUUCAUCAAGGGCGCCAGCGAGCGCACCAGCGAUCGCGACAAGAACGUCUAACUUGCAUUAUACGAUCUUAGAUCCUGGUAAGGACAGCAUUCGACAUGCAUCGAAACAACAUCCAUACUCUCUCAUAUCUUAGCAACACGGCGUUCAGGCCGUAAGACCUCACGCACGGGUGUUACGUACGGCCUAAAUGAAAGGGCGAUGGGACAAAAUUGUAAUACUCUUGGUUUGGGGAAUAUAAUUCCUUCUUGUAAAUAUACAUUUGGCUUUAGUCUCUCAAUUGUUGCAUACAUUCAGCAAUCAUGUACGCCAAUAACAAAUUACCUG